AUGAUUAGAUCAAAAGCUGUUCGUGCUUAUGCAAUCGGAGCUACGAACGCUCUCUUUGUCACGAAGAAGGAUCUGCUUGACGCAAUAGUUACUAUUGACGAUCAAGGAUCCGGUCAAGUAACCUUACUAGACCCGAAUCUCAAAAGAGAACUUAACCUCACUUCUGCUGAUCUUCGAUUUGGCGAUUAUAUCAUGAAAAAUGUCGAGGACAACAGAAGAUCCACCGCCCUGUUCGAAGGUAGCGACGAAUGGCUACGAUUACAAAUGCGUGAAUAUCUACUCUCAAUGGGUGCUAGUGCUCGAUCUGACCUAGCUGUCGCUGUUAAUGACUAUGGAACUGCAUUUAUUCACAGUUGGAGGAGUACAAGGAAUUAUCGAAUAUGGAUGGCCGGUCCUCAUGAGGACUUGGCUGGUGUAGUACCUGGGCAUGCAUUUGCUGGGCAGCUGGGUGUUUAUGAUGUCUUAUUACGAGUUGAGCAUUCAGUAGGAGGAUCUGAAGGGGCACGCAGAGCCCUGAGUGCCAUUACAACUACAGGAAAAAAUAUCGGUGAGACGGGGAAUAAAGUUCGGCAAAGUUUAUCAAGUUGGCUGAAGGGCAGCCCUACAAAUGAGGAAGGAAAGGAAGCUACAGAGGAUAUGGUUGAUGAUUCAAAGGUGAAUUGA